AUGUCUCUCGUUUCGUACGAUUACAGCAGCGCUGAAGAUUCAUCAUCAUCGGAUGAUGAUGGAGCCGAGCAAACAACGAAAUCCGCCACGGAUCCGUUAAAGUCCUCCGAUAAUUCGAUAACGGGUCCGGAAACGGCUACCAAACAGAACGACACAGACGAGACGGCGACUUCGCGGAUCCAUUUACAACUUCCCGCGCCCAAGAAGACGAACGACCUGAACGUGGAGGAGGAAGAUGAUGAGUUUCUACGCAAGAAAGCUACUCCCGUUGAGGCGCCGCCAGCGAAGGAAUCCAACAUCAAACCGAAACUGCGCAACGGUAAGGUGCAAAUUACCAUCCCGUCCAUGAGCGACUUUAAGGACGUCGAUGACGGGCCCGGAGGCUCGAAAAAGGACAAAGUGGUUAUUGGAGCAGCUUUACCCAAGAAAGCAACCGGAUUGCUUAGUAUGUUGCCAAAACCGAAGACCAAUUUCUUUCAACCCUCGUCGAAACCACAACCCUCCCCUUCGGCUGUCUCUGAAACCGGCCCUGGGUUCAGCAAGCGCCUGGUGCCGGAUUCCGUUGCAAACCGCCCUCGGAGCGUUCCGGCAAGUGCUCCAAAGUCAAGCGUCCGUCCUCCACUGGCACCGGCCAUAAAUUCCUCCCAAGACCCGGACAGUGACGAUGGAGAGGACGGCGGCACUACUGAUUAUUUCUCCUUCAACAAAGUCGAUACUCUGCCGACGGUCAGUGCGAACGAGAUUACUGCCAUGGUGGCUAAAAAAGCGGCCAAAAUUGCUGACACGGUGAGAAAGUUCACGGAAACGGAACCGCCAGCAGCCAGUGUCGAUCAAUGCACUAAGGAGCUGUCUGCUUCAGUGAUGCCUGAAACCGCCGAGCAAACGGAUCUAGCUAACGAGACGGCCAUGGCAGCGUUAAUCGGUGGGAAUCGCGCGAAACGGGCACGGGUGGAGCAAGUGGAUCUGAUCGAAAUCACAUCGGAGGACAUCGUGCCAUCGAAGGCGGACUUUUUGCGCCGUCAACUGCAGGACGAAACGGGAUAUGUCCCCACGGGCCACCUUGUAGGCGACUGGACUUGCACCAGCCGCCGGAAAUCGCACAUCACACAGCUGGCCAACAAGGCACAGGCAAAUGCACAAGAACUGGAAGCGAUGUGGGCCGCCAACCGACAGUCACGUCGCCAAACGCAAAGCAAAUACGGGUUUUAGGCUCCGUGCUCAGUGUUCGGUUGUUGGAAAGGACUUUGUUGUAAAUAUAUGAACCCCCUU